UCCGCCCACUCCUUGCUGUUUUCAAACAGGUCCGCAGCCAGAGAAUAUAAGCUCUUGCUGGCGGGCUCUGUAAGAGCGUUUUCUCUUGUUUCCUUGUUCACUGGGUGGAGACGAUGUCUGGACGUGGCAAAGGCGGCAAAGGGCUCGGAAAGGGCGGCGCUAAGCGACACCGCAAGGUCCUGCGAGACAACAUCCAGGGCAUCACGAAGCCCGCCAUCCGGCGCUUGGCUCGGCGCGGCGGCGUCAAGCGCAUCUCGGGGCUCAUCUACGAGGAGACUCGCGGUGUCCUCAAAGUGUUCCUGGAGAAUGUGAUCCGCGACGCCGUCACCUACACCGAGCACGCCAAGCGCAAGACGGUCACGGCCAUGGACGUGGUCUACGCGCUCAAACGCCAGGGCCGCACUCUUUAUGGCUUCGGCGGCUGAGCGCGUCCACCGGCUCUAGGCCUUCCUUUUUUCUCUGGCAUCACCACCCCUAACCCAAAGGCCCUUUUCAGGGCCCCCAAAGCAUCAAAAAGGAGCUGUGGAGACUUAAUCGGGAUAGGAGGCAGGUUACCUUAAGGAGGCUAGGUCGCUUAGGGAUUACCAGUGCGGCUAGCAUUGUUGUACAUGCAAAUCAAGCUACGUGGAAGCACGUUCUCAUUGGACCGGUGGGCCUCGUGGCUCCGCCCCCCGGCUGGGGAACGUAAUCAGUAAGCUUGCUGAGUGCUGUUGGUCUGCGUGAAUGAUUUUUCUUUGCUUGUUUCUGGGUGCCAGGCCGAAAGCUGGCGACGCUUGAACGGAGCCCCAGGGCUCGGUGGCUGCGUCCCGCUCUGCGACCUCUAGACCUCGGAAGUGGCGGUCGCUCACCAGAGGGAAAAGUCUGAAGAUCCACGUUCCUUAAUGGCAGCGAGAAUGAGGACUGGGGCGGAGGCUUGGGACCCCAUUAAAGUGAUCCUGCAGCGUAAACUCGGCUUUGUUCGCUGUAGCCAUUUCCCUGCCUUAACGAUGUGCCUUUGACAAGGGAGGGCUCGGGGUCGUACUUUAGGUCAGGCUGGUCAGCUUCCCGAGUUCGGAUUUCACAGACCUGGCUGUAAGUCUUAUUUUAAGAAUGUCUUUAAGUCUCCAGAGAGGAGGGAUUAAAGAACCCGAGCUACUCUUAACAGAAGUCCUGAGUUGAUUUCUCAGUAUCCAAGUAGGUUAGCUCACAGUCACCUGUAGCUCCAGCGCCAGAGCAUCAAGAUGCCUUUGGCUUCCUUGGGCACCUGGACUCAGGUCUGCAUACCCACUCUCUCCAUACACAUAACUAAAAAACUAACUUUUUUUCAAUGUCCUAGUUUUUUGACAUUUGGAGUUCACCGGUCUUCUCACUGGCUUAGGGAAUAGGAGACAUUCUUGGGCUUCCCUCAGCAGGAACCUGGCAUUUCAUUAGGAAUCGUUAUCUCGUAUGAAAAGCUUUCAGUGGCAGGCGCUUUGUGCCAUCUUUCAGCAGAUUUAUCUUAAGUAUUGUUAAAGACCACUUUAUAGCUGUGGACGGGACAACGAAGGAUUAAAAACUUGAGGCUUGGAUUUGAACUCGGCCGUGUGCGACUUUACACAGCUUCAUUUUAUGUGCCCCUGGUUUUACCGGUCAGGCUCCCCUGUCUCCGUCGCGGACUUUUCACUUCCAGCCUUCUGAGCAUGUAACGGUGGUGUUAAUUUCAGAGGACGUUAGUCUAACGAACUCAUUUCCUGUAAGCAAGUGAAAAACUGAGUUGCUUAUUUUUCUGUCUCAUUUUCCCUUUUGUCCAGUGCACUAAUUUUUUUGAGUUAAAUUUGGUGAUUUUCAUUUUCUUGUAAAGCCAUGUUACACAGAGAAACUCUAUCUCAAAAAAAAAAAAACAUUUAAAAAAAAGAAAAGAAAGAAGUUGAAUAUUAAAGAGCCUACAUAUUCAUGAGGCACUCUAUCUGAGAAGCAACCUUCAGACAUACUUCAUGUGAGGGAAAAGGUGGUGAUGUGCUGUGGUAGUGUGGAAAUUUGGUGGCAGUCUUCAAUUUUACUAUGUCUGGUCAUUUUAAGAAUGAGUCAUGAGCUCAAGAGAUGGCUCAGUGGUUAAGAACACUGGCUGCUCUUCUGAAGGCCAGAGUUUGGUUCUCAACACCCACAUCAGACUCCUUACUCCACAUGUGACUCCAACUCCAGGGGGAUCCGACAUCUCUCAUCUCCAAGAGCACCUGUACUCACAUUCUCAUACACACACACACACACACACACACACACACACACACACACACACACACACACAGAAUGAAUCCAUAUGACGGACUGGGCAUUUCAGUUCAGUACCAGGUGUUAAAGUGAUGCUUUCCUGUAAUAUGAACUCAUAAACACCCUUUUACCAGGAAUCCUAUUACAAAGCUAGUGGAUUUUUUUACUUGAAUCUUAACUGCUUUUAACAAAACAUUUUAUUUAGAACAAGCAGCCCGGUGGUGGUGGUGGCGCACACCUUUAAUCCCAGCACUCAGGAGGCAGAGGCAGGUGGAGCUCUGAGUCCAAGGCCAGCCUGGUCUGUAGAGUGUGUUUCAGGACAGCCAGAGCUAUGUAGCGAGACCCUGUAUCAAAACAACAACGAAACCCAUUAUUAGUUGGAAGGGUUUUAUUGUGAAUAAGGGAGAGAGAAUAUCCAGAGGAAGAGUCCAGAGCAGAGAGAAAAAGUAGAUUGGACAGGGCAGGGCUAAGAAAGCAGAGAAGAGUGAAGAUAGCAAGAGAUAAUGCUUACAGGUGAGGGGGGGAUCUGGCGGGUAGAGACCGGACACUGAGGGAAUCUGGAGGCCGACAUGGACUUUGAUAUGCAGCCAUAUGAAGAGCCAUGUGCCCCUUCUUCCAGAGGCAACGGAAACGGCUCCUUUUGGGGGUGGAAAACCCAUUUCACAAGUUCCUAAGGAAUGCUGGCUUUUAUCUAACUGCCAUAAGUCCUUCUGUAGUCUAGCUUGAGUUCAUUUCUAAACAUAUGGACUUCCUGAUCUGUUUGGUAAGGCACCUGUUUCACAUGCACGAGGCGCAGGACAGCAAAACACUCCAAGUCUAGUCUUAUGAAUCCAGUUAUUUUACAAGUGCAUAAGGAAAAUGAGCAAACCCCUGCUGUACCUCUCCCUCCCCAAACGUCUGCUUUGUAGAAAUCAUGAGCAACUGAGUCACACAAUAUGCCUCAUGUAUUUAAAAAUGAAUUCAUUAUUUUCCCCACAGAUUUUGUUUUUUUUCUUUGCUCCCCAGAACGUCGGCACUGGGGGUUCUUGCAUCUUCAGUCCUUCUGCUGCUGUCAGGUUUUAACUGACUUUCACGUAAUGCGAUGCCCCUAGAAUUCAGUGUUGAUAAAAUGACAUCCCACCUGUUCUGAGCAAGUGACAAGCCAUCCAGCUCUGUUCACUUGGUCGCUUCCUAAUCCGAUUCCUCCCACGACUUGUAGCCACCACUUCAUCGACAGCAGAGUACCCAGUGUUGAGCUGAGAACAUUGUCUGCUUACUGUGAUCCUCACAACAGCUUCCCCAAAAUAACCUUGUUCGCCUCGUAUGGACUGAAGGGGUUAAUAAGAUCGACACAGGAGCCGAGUGGCGGUGGCGCAGAGCCAGGCAGAUCUCUGUGAGUUCGAGGCCAGCCUGGUCUACAAAGCGAGUUCCAGGAAAGGCGCAAAGCUACACAGAGAAACCCCGCCUCAAAAAAGUAAAACAAAACAAAACAAAAAGAUCGACACAGGACAUCAAGCUAGCAGAGAAGCCUUGAUUUAAACUCAAAUCAGCUUUAAUUCUCAAUACAAUUAGCUUCUAUUGUCCCAGAAGAACAUGUGUUUUCAAAGUAAGUGAUUAUUAAGUUAAAUUAACUAAUUAGUUUUAGAAUAGUUAAAAGUUUGUGUGACCACAGGCCUAAAUUAACCCAGAACAAUGCUACUUGGCAAAAAUAAAACACCAUGAUGUGAGCGACAUGCAAAAUUUCAAAUUUUUAGUACUAUGUUGAAAAAGUUAAAAAAAAAAUUUAAAACCAAAAAGGUGUAGUCAAUGUUAAUGAAAUAUUUUAUGUGACCACUAUGUAUGUCAAAAAUAUUAGUACAACCAAUUAUUGUAUAAUCAACAAAAUUAUUGAGGUGUGAUAUUUUAUGGUCUUUUGAACUAAGUUUUUGAAGUCUGGUGGACACUAACUUUUGCAUAUAUAUAUUUGCAUAUAUGUGUGUGUGUGUGUGUGUGUGUGUGUGUGUGUGUGUGUGUGUGCACCCUGUGCAUGCAGUGUCCAUGGAAGCUAGAAGAGAACAUCUGAUCCUCUGGAGCUGGCUGGAAUUAUAGACUGUUGUGAGGUGCCAUGUGGGUUUGGAUUCUUAAACAUAGAGUUCAGGAAGGGACCAUGAGGUUCAAGAUGUAAACUUAAGAUCAGCAUAUAAAGAGGGAAUAUUCUAAGAAAAAAGUGGAAAUGGCUAAGGUGCAAACCUAUAGCUCUUAUUUUUGAUUUCUAAAAUUGUUUUUAUUAUUUUUUAUAUAAGCUAAAGAUACCAGUAUGAAGUAUAUACUCAUAUCUUUACUUAGCACACAUUUACACCAUUUUCACUGCCCUGUCUUGGUAUCGUAUAUUCCUGUUAUCCUUUAUAUUUAAUGUGUCGGAUUUUCUUCAUUUCCUCCUAUAUAUUCUUUGUUAUUUAAACUGAGUUAAUGUCAUGUCUUCCUAGCCAAUCCCAGACCUGCAGUCUCAGGAGCCUCUCAGUAGAAAGAUCUAAGGAAAAGAUCCUGAAAUUUGCCAGAACUAAUUAAAACAUUGGCUCCAUCACUUUUCCAUAAAACACAGAGCGGAUAAUAAAGCCUCUGAAAUGUAGCUGGGAAAAUUAGACAAAUGAUAUGUGGAGAAGCAUGGUGUGAGUAAUAAGUUCUCAGUAAACACCGAGGUUGAUCCUUACGACGCAGCAACAUGCUUCUCCAACGCUCAAGUUGGAGGCACUUUGGGGGCUUUCCAGCCUCUUAGUUCAGCCAAUGCUCAGUGAAUGAAAGCCGUUCCUUUUUGCAUUCUUGAACUCUCACACUCACUUCCACCUCGACAGCCCUUUAGCCAUGGCCAAGCUCUUAUCUUUAAAGCUAGCACUUUCUGUUUUCAGUACCGACUCCUUGUUUGCCUCAAAGAUAGACAUGUAGUAAGCAAAUGCUAAGCCAAGGAGACCAGGUCCGAGAAGUCAAACCCUGUCCUCGGAUCAGGCCUUAUUAGUUUCAUGAUUUUCCUCCAUCAAACGUUCCUGAGCUUCCACGUGUGCUCACAGAUCGAAUCCCCCCGACGCCUACCCCACCCGCACACCCCAUUCCCUCAGCGUUAUCUUCACCAGGCUCUUCCUCAUCCUGACAUACCCCACCUUGGUACAGAGGAUUAAACCUCUGGCCAUCACACGAGGUAGGCCGUGCUCUGCCACGGAGCUGGUCCCCCACUUCUCUUUGUAUGUUCUGACUGGAAUUGCUUUUUUCUCUUGGUGUGGACACACCAUCCCCAGGAACUGUGCAUCUGGGACAAGGGACAUUUAAAACCCACGUCUGACUCACUACUGUUGCUUCCUCCUUUUAAAAGUCAAACUCACUGAGGUGCAAAGUGAUUUGGUGUUCCUUAACAUCCCUUUCUCCAGAGCACAUACAGACUUCAAAAACACAACAAAACCAUGAUUUUUCUGUGGAGUGGCAGGUGCACAGCAGGAGCCCAAGAGAAAAACUGGCAGCAAACACCUACUUGAUAGAUACGGACCCUGUGGGCUCAUGUGCUAUUGUGAGAAUAAGACAGAGGCGCAAGUCACAGGAAAAAAAAGACUUAUUCUUACACAAGCACAAAGGAGCCAACGUGAGAAAAGACGGAAGCAUACUCCGUGAGUGAGAGGAGGGGAUCUGCCUGAGGUUGACAGGUACUCAGUCUCUCAGCAUCUUUGAACGUCGAGGUGGCGUGCCAGUCUGUACCAGUGCCCUCCCACACUUCUGCCUGUCCUGACUCCCUGUGAGGUUAAGUCUACACCUGGGGCUGUGAGUUUUACUAUUUUAUGAGAUAAAUGUGCCUUAGUGAUUUUUUUAGGGUUCCACUAUUGUCUUAAACCAGCUGCCAGCUAAAUAUAUUAAAAUCUGUUUAAAUCUAUUGCUUAUAACAGCUUGUUUUCUCACUUCCCUUCACCUCCCACGAUCUCCUAUUUCCUGCAAGCUUGUUGACCAUGUGGUGUUUGAAAAUGGAUUUGAACUCAUUUAUGUUCUCUUUGCCUUUCAUAACUUGCUGUUUCCCUCGGUUUGGAAGCUGUGUUGUCUCAUUAUGACCCAUGUUCCUUCAUUUCUUCAGAGUGAAAACCAGACUAUGCGUCCCGCCGCCCAUGAACCUCCUUGCCACUCACCCUGCAUCCCCAGCUUCCCCAGACUCAGAUGGACCCCAGCUGUUUUCAGGCCCUUGGCAGCCCCUGCACCUGAUUUGGGGACAUCAGUGCUGCUGUGUGUAGAGAGAGCAAAGUGUACUAACCCGGGUUUGUUUCUCAUGAGGCGCUGACCUGUUUAUUACAUCCUGUUUCCUAUAAAAUACAAGAAUGAUGAUAAAAUCCAACAACUUGGAAAAACAAUCAAACCAGCAUUAUGGCCACCACACCUACCAUUUUUUAAAAGAUUUAUUUAUUCAUGUGCUUUAUAUAUCUGAGUGCUCUGUCUUCAUGCACACCAGAAGAAGGAAUCUGAUUCCAUUACAGAUGGUUGUGAGCCAUCAUAUGGUUACUGGGAAUUAAACUCAGGACCUCUGGAAGAGUGGUCAAGUGCUCUUAACUGCUGAGCCAUCUCUCUAGCCCCCCAACACCUACCAUUUUUAUACCAAUGUUUCAAUCUGCCUCUGCAGCUUUCUUGAUGACUAAAAUUAAAAUUUUCAGUUACAUUUUAUUUCUUCAGAACGAGAAAGAGAACAUGAAUAUGCAAAAUCACAGUGUGUGUGUGUGUGUGUGUGUGUGUGUGUGUGUGUGUGUGUGUGUGUGUGUCAGAGGACAACUUGAAAGGGCCUGUUUUCUCCUUCUACCAUACUGGUCUUAGUGUUAAGUACCUUUACGGACUGAGCUCUCUUACCAGCUCUGGGAUAGUCUUUUAACUCACAUCUUGUCCUGUCCCUGUUUCUUCUUCUUUUAAAGAUAUAUUUAAUUCUUAAAUAUAUACGGGUACAUGCCCAAGUGGGCAGGUACCUGUGGAGGCCAGAGAUGUCAAAUCCCCUGGAGCUGGAUGGAUAGGCGGCUGUGAGCUGCUUGACAUGGGUGCUGAGAUCCAAACGCAGACCCUUGGCGAGAGCAGCAUGUGCUCACAUCCGCGGAGUCAUCUCUCUCCAGCCCCCACCAUCUUUUCCUGAAGAAGACCGACAUUUCUUCCCACUCUCACUCUGCUAUGCCAGAGCCGGCGUUUUCUCAUCACUUUCAGUUAAAUUGGUUUCAGCUGAACACACUUUAAAUGAAAACUACGGGAGAUACAGCUGCUGUGCACACAGGAAGGGGAAAUCAGUUCUGCUGUUUAAAGGGGGCUUAAAGAAUACCAACAGCAGUGGAGCUGGGGGUGAAGUUCAAUGCGUAGACUGCUUCCCCGUCAUGCAUCGAGCCCUGGGUUCCAUCCCCAGCACCACACAAGCCAGAUGUGGUGGGAGUGACAAGCCUAUAAUUCCAGCAGUCUGCGAUGGAAGCUCCAGGAACAGAAGUUCAAGGUCACCCUUGUUCAAGGUCACCCUUGGCCAGCCUGACAUACAUGGGGCCCUGUCUCCAAGGAGGAGGGGAUGAUUGGCUGAACACCUGCUAGGCACCAAGUACUUCAUAAUACUGUGUUUUAACUGAAUGAACACAAACUUCCUCGCCUGAGCUCUGUUCUUUGCUGUGUUAUUAGUAGCUCACCUCCAUUGGCAGCUCUGGUAUUUCUAGAAGCUACUAGGCAUGUCUUGAAGCUUCUCCAGUAAGCCUACUUAUGCUGUGUUCUGCUGUGGCUUGCUGAGCAACAGGCUCUCUCCAGAGGAAGCCUCCGCCACAAGCAGAGGCCAACUGGUGCCAUACUGUAGUCCCUGUGUAUGCUGCCACAGCUUUUCCGGUUCCUGACACCAUGGACCCUCAAAGUGACGAAGCAGGGUAGGCAUCUUUGAGCAAGCAGGGAUCAUCACGUUCUGAGUGUGAU